UCGUUCCAGAAGUACUUUCCAGACUUCUUCUCACGCUCGCUCAUAGACCUCAGCAGUUGCUGAUUUCGAGAUCCUUAUUUCGACAUAUUGGAAGCAAGAAAUCAGUUUGCAAUGGUUUUGAGAUUGGCAUUGUGGGCAUUGCUGGGAGCUUUUGGGAUCGCUCAGGCCCAGAAUGACAGCGCAGCUAACUUGCCGGCCAUCACCAAAGGCAUGGUCCCAGCCGACGGAACAACCUGGUAUUGCGAGCCGACCACAGUGGUAUCAAUAUCAAUAUCAAUAUCGCUCUCAGUACAGGUUGAAACUUUCUACGAAACGGAGACUUGUACCACCACAGUAUUUGUUCCGACAGACAUUUAUAUCACGAAAACAAAAGAGACUACUAUAACGAAGGAUAUAUACCUGACUUCGACCAAGGAGCACACUGCGACGGUGACAGACGUGUCGACAUCUACUUCGGAUAUCUAUCUACCCACAACCAAGACAGACUCUGUCACAGAAACAGUGCAUGCAACGGUAACGGAUGUAUCGACUGCUACUUCAGAUAUCUAUCUAUCCACGACCACGACCACGACGGAUUCUCUCACAGAAACUGUUAGCACGACGGUGACGGAUGUGACAAAUUCUACUGUGGAUAUCUAUGUACCAACGACCAAGACGGAUUCUUUUACAGUAACAAUUAGCACAACGCUGGAUGUAUACCAUUCCACUACUGAAACAGACACUGUGACAGAACCUGGGCAAACGACCACCGAACCUGGGACAACCUUCACUCAACCCGGAAUCACCGUAACUAGUCCCGGUACUACAGUAACUCAGCCUGGGAAAACCGUUACCCAACCAGGGACUACUGUUAUCGAGCCUGGAACAACUCAAACUGUCACAGAAAGCGCCCCAACUGUCACUGUUUAUGGGAUAGUAACUUGUCCCCCACCGUCGAACACCGCUCCGGUAACGCCUCAAGCUACCGGCGCCAAUGCGCUCUGGGGUUGCAGUCCGGGAUAUGUUUGUAACCCUCCAAAACCAGGUAGCUGUAAUCUGUUUGCAAAUCCCCCAAGCUACGAUUAUCAGUGUGACGCUGAAUACUGCAUACCGGCCCCCGCAUUUACUGAUGUCGCUUGGCCGUCUAACGAGACAGCCUACUAUCCACCUACGGAUGGAUAUUUCAACCUGAAUCCAGAGGCCUUUGGAUUAAGCUAUGAUAUUUUCGUUGAGGAGGUAGUUGUCACCUAUGUAACUGAGAGCUAUGGUAGCAAAGUCUUGACUACCUAUACGACUGGAGAUUGGACAUCACAAGCAUCAAUUUCCCACUUUGCUGCUCCAUCAGCAGCAGCGAAGAAGCGAAGCCGCCCAUUCAUUCACAAGCGUGAUGGGACCAUUGUCCCUGCAAUUUGCUAUAAUGAGUGUAACAACUGUUACAUCGAAGCCCUUCGGGUUGGCUUGUCACCCGCGCUCUGUGACCCAAACUCUGCAUUUAUGUCGGACUACAAGGCAUGCAAUGAUUGCGUGCUAAGCAAUGGGAACUCGACUAAGGGAUCGCCGAAGGUCUACUUGGACCCCGAGUUUGCUCCUUUUGUCAGCUUCUGUUCAGCUUCACCCGCGCAGUCUGAGGUGACAUCGAGCACAUCGUCCACUGGAGUCACAUCUCCACCACCCGUUACGAGCACCAGCGUUCCUACCACGCGGGGUCCAAGUACAAGCCUGGAAUCAGUGGAUACGAGUACAACUCCGGUUCCUAUCUCAACAUCUACGUCUUCAUCAAGCCUGAGUUCCACCACUCAAAGCGGAGUAACUAGCUCUCUGUCCACCCAAUCUAGUACCGCGCUUGGCACAUCGUCCAGCACCACGUCCAGCACCACGUCCAGCACUACAUCCAGCACUACAUCCAGUGCUGUAUCCAGCACUCAAUCUAGUAGUGCUGGAUCUAGCACUCCGUCAAGUACUGCAUCCAGUACUGCAUCUAGUACCUCGCCUAGCACCACAUCCAGUGCCUCAUCCAGCGUCUCAGUCAGUCCCCCAUCCAGUGCCCCAUCCAGUGCCCCAUCCAGCACCUCCCCCAGCACUGCAGCUGUUACUAGUAUAUCCGGCACUUCGUCUGGCGCCGCACACAGCACACCGAUCGGCACGAUAUCUAGCACAGUACCCAGCACAAUAGGAGGGACCCCCAGCUCGACGACAACCGCGCCACCACUACAAUUCACCGGUUCCUACGCGACCAAUAUCCGACCUCCUACAUUCCUAGCAUUGAUACUUGUAGUGUCCUUGCUAUCAUUCCUGCUUUAACCCAGGAACCCUUUGUACUGCUUUUUCGGCGUUUGGAUUGCAUUGUCCAUCUUCGGCGGACUAUUUUAGCAAAAAGAAUACCCGGUUUCAUAUCAUGAAUUACGACUUGUAUCAGGUACCACAUUAUGAUACCCACGAUCAUUUACGACAAUAACGGCAUAUAUACGGAAUUAUUAUGCUUACACUCAUUUACGACUCAUCGCCACGGCGUCUAGGAUUGGAUAUAUUGGCAAUGGAAAAUCCUACCUAGUUUUUGUUGGCCGAGGGAAGCUUGGGCCCAAGGAUUUGAACAACUUUUUAGGAUUUCAUAUUCUACAUAGCUCAAAUUCUGGGGUACCUGCUUUUAAUAAUAAAGUAAUAUUGAGAUUUAAUCUAUGACUUUGGUUCGAAUGAGAGAGAGAUAAUGGCUUUGAGUCGUC